UGUCAGGGCAAACGAACUUGCUGGAGAAGGAAGGCAUGGGAGGCAGCUCCCGGUUUAAGGAUGAGUUUCCCUUUGAGCAAAGACUUGAGGAAUCGAGGGAGAUUGUAGCCAAAUAUCCCGACCGAGUACCGGUGAUCGUCGAAAGAUAUUCGAAAAGUGACCUUCCUGAACUGGAAAAAAGAAAAUUCCUUGUUCCCCGAGACAUGUCCGUCGGGCAUUUCAUUCAUGUUUUGAGUUGCAGACUCCAUCUUAACCCAGGAAAAGCUCUAUUUGUAUUUGUGAAGAAUACCUUGCCUCAGACUGCUAGCUUGAUGAACUCUGUCUAUGGAUCAUUCAAGGAUGAGGAUGGAUUUCUUUACAUGUAUUAUUCCACAGAGAAAACAUUUGGGUCAGCACAUAAUGUAGAAUGUGCGCCUUAAACUCCUAUAUCGAUCACUGUGUCGUAUAUAUAUUAUCGUUACUCAACAGUUUGCGUAUCGUUUUGCCUUGUCUUUUCAUGUAACAUUGUUCCCAGUUGGCCAGUUUAUAUAUUCCAAUCCUCAGGCGAAUUUAUUAUAUAGUACCUUCGAUUUUAAAUAUAAAAUCUAAUUUUUUAAA